CCCAUGCUGGGACAUCUGUACCUCUCGACAACACCUGAGCGAACUUAUCACAAAAUCGUGGAACUCGAAUCUGCUUCUUCUUCGGCUUACCAGUGCAAGGUGAUACCCGAAGAUCGUCUUAUCGUCCACUCUUGACCAGACACAGCCAGAAGCACAGUGAAAGCCACUAAUUGGAGGAUUCCCGCCAUCCUUCAAGCCCGAAUCUUGCACAGCACCUGCAACGUCAGUUGUGCCUGACAGUUACCUAUUUCGUCUGAGCAACAGGCUGUUCUGAGCUUCCCUGGUUUGCGAUAGCACGACAAGCCCAUCACGAUGCCUCAGAGGUCGUUGCCUACGCCACUAUCAUCAGCGGAUAUGAAAGCCCAGGAACCUCCAUCCCUAGCCUCCCUUCAGAUGCUGUUCGAACUACCACCACCUGCCAUUAUGCCAUCCAACGCUGCAGGCACACCUCCACAGACCCCGGAGAAAAGAUAUCCGAUGCAACCAAGCGAGACAGUCAAGUCACGAAGGCGUGCAGCAACCGUAGCAGGCCCAUCCAAGAACGAUUUUGCACUUCCUCCCCCUCCUACGAGAUCACGCAAAAUCAUCCAGAUGAAGCCGCGUGAAGUUGCUGCUGCCCCACCACUUGCACCAAACUCCAAAGAUUCGACCACUGGCAAAUCAGGCUCGGGCCUUGUGUCCACCACAACGAAUUCAGAGUCAACCACGCCAGCGGCGACAACAGGUGGCGCUAAAAAGAAACCAUCAACUGCGGCAGGAAGGAAGAUUGCGAGAAAAACAGCACAUAGCUUGAUCGAAAGGAGAAGGAGAUCCAAGAUGAACGAAGAGUUUGCUCUCCUCAAAAGCAUGAUACCGGCAUGUACCGGUGAGAUGCACAAGCUGGCUAUCCUCCAGGCCUCGAUAGAGUAUAUCAGAUACUUGGAAGAUUGUGUCGCUAAGCUCCAGGCCCGGCAUCAAUCCGGUCCAUCAGAGGUAGAAAGUGCGACAAAGAGUCUUCCAACGCCCUCUGGUCAUGAACCUUUCCAUCCUGAGGCUGCCUUUACCUUUGCGGCAAGAGAAGAAGUCCACGACGUAGAGAUGUCGGACUCGUCAGGGGUUGAUUCACCGGCCUCUUCGCCUCCACUUGCCGCGAUCACCUCUUCCCACCAGCCAUCCGCAUCCCCGGUAAUACUACCCCAGCAGCAGCUAAGAGAUCGACAUGAUUCGAUCUCGUUAGCUGUGACAUCGACCGAUUACCAAAGACACUACAGCUUCAGUGGUUCAUCUGUUACUGCCUCGCCCGCCGGCUUUGGCUCCUGGGGGCAUUUGUACGGCGGCAACAGCAACAUGCACGACACGCGAACCGCCUCGGUUUCGGGCUCAGCACUGACUAGCCCUUACCUGGUAUCGCGAAAUGACCUUGACCAUGAAGCAACGGCUGCUCUUCUCAUGUUGAACCAACAGACACAAACGGAUAGGCGGACGUCAACGACGAACACCGACGGGCCCGCUGGAGCCGCAGCCGCAGCCGCCGGGACCGUGAGGACGGGGCGGGGAAUGAGUGUCGCAGACUUGUUAAGCGCAUGAGCGAUCCAGAAGGAGAUCGUUCGAUGGCGCCUUCACGUCCGUCCGAUCAAGAUCAUUUACCCUUGGCGUCGGUCGGCUUAGACUCGGGGCUCGGCUUGGCGAUUCUAGCGAUGUAGCGUGCAUGCAUGCUGGAUCCAUAACCGCUGGUACCGGAAUAGCGACCGGGCGAUCACAGGACUGGAGUAUGCAGGGUCUUGGGGUC